AUCUCAACCUACUGAACAAAAUGGCCAAAGGAAGUUGUGGUGUUGCAGAGUGAUUACCCAAUUUUAUGUAAAAUUUGACUCGAUUAGGGACUUAAUAGUUGUAAGUAAGAUGGAUUAGAUAUCGUUACAUAUUCCAACAGUGUUGACGUCUGCCAAAUCAAGAGACAAUGAUGGCAAAAGCGGGAGAAGUGCUUAGAUUGUUGAAAUAAGUGUACAUGACUUGAAUUUAGGUCACCAUCUACCAAUUUUAGCUUACGUUUUCUCGGUCCUUUCAGUAAAUUAACCUUCAAGUUUACAAUUACUACGUUAAUUUGGAACACCAGAUGCCUUGUCGACUUAUAACAACAAAUAUGUCGAGUGACAACACGAUUUCAGCGGAAUUUUUAGUAGAAGAUGUUAAGGGUCCCAGAAGCAUGUUGAUACUGGACUGUAGGUCACAGGCAGACUUUACUAGGUCACAUAUUAAAGGAGCUAUUUCAAUAUUUUUACCAAGUUUAAUGUUGCGGCGUCUUAAAUCAGGUAAACUGAAUGUUGGAUGUAUAAUUCAAAAUAAUGAAGCGAAAGAGAAGUUCAACCGGCUGUGGAAGACACAGACAAUUGUGCUCUAUGAUGAAAAGCCUGAUCCCGCAACAGCUUCCCCAACUAGUGUCAUAGGUCUUCUCUAUAAGAAACUGAAGCAAGAUGGUGCUAAAGCUGUGUUCUUAGAAGGAGGUUCCCGUAUUUUUGAGGAGAACUUUCCGGAAUUCUGCGAGGGUCCAGAAAAUGACGACGACACAGACAAAGAAAUCAUGGGACUUUGUAACCUGAAAAUAGCGGAGGAUUCUGCCUAUGGAACCUGCGACUCAAAUGGUGACCUAGAUUCACCAACUAGUAAUGUCCCAGUAGAAGUCAUCCCACAUUUAUAUUUAGGAAACGCUAAAAAUUCAGCAGAUAAAGACAUUUUGAAAAACCAUGGUAUUUCGUACAUUCUCAAUGUUACUCCCAAUGUGCCAAACAAAUUCGAAGAGGAUAGUGCAUUUAAAUACAUGAAAAUACCCAUCAGCGAUCAUCUCUCACAAAACCUCUCGAAAUUUUUUCCAGAAGCCAUAGCUUUUAUAGAUGAAGCUCGGGGUACAGAGCAAGGUGUGCUUGUUCAUUGUCUGGCCGGUGUGAGCCGUUCUGUUACCAUCACUGUCGCAUAUCUAAUGCAGACAAAGAAACUCACUCUGAACGAUGCAUACGAUUACGUAAAAGCAUGUAAACCAAACAUUUCACCAAACUUUAAUUUUAUGGGACAGUUGCUGGAGUUUCAGCGGAGUUUGGGAAAUCGUAUAAAAUGCUCUUGUGGGGAAUCAAAGUGUACUUGUUCAGACAUAAGUCGCCUGAUCUCGGAAGAUACUUCCCAAUCUAGCAUGUGAUAUUUCUUACGUUUUAGACUACUAAAGUGAAUGUCAUUUUAGGGCUAAAGAAAAUUAAUGUUUUGUUUCUCAGGCCCAAUCGCUUUCAAUUUUUCAUCUCUGUCACAGACAUCUCAUGAAGCUCAAGACAUUCCAUCUGGCAUAAAAGUACGUUACUUUUUAAACAUAUUGUGACAACUAACUUAAUCUGUUUUGAAAACAAAAUGAUCUGUGACUAAGAGAAACUUGAAUAAAAACUGUCUUCAUAUGAAGGCUUGAUUUAUAAUGACAUAGUCUGUGACAAACAUUAAUAAAAGCUUGAAUGGAAAUGAAACAAGAUAUGUUAUCAACAACAGCUGUAUUGUGAUUGGGCUUAAAUGUAUUUAGCUGGAUAUUUGGCCAAGAAAUUCUGGUAACGUAAGAGUAUACCUAUGAAGAUAUUCAGGUAACGUAAUGGUAUACCUUCCAGGAUAUGCCGGUAAUGUAAGGGAUUACCUGUGAAGAUAUUCUGGUAACAUAACUGUAUACCUGCAAGGAUACGCCAGUAACGUAAGAGUAUACCUACGAAGAUACUCUGGUAAUGUAAUGGUAUACCUGCCAGAAUAUGCCGGUAACGAAAGAGUAUACCUGCCAGGAAGUUUUGCCAUUGGGAAUCCAUCAGAAGACCUUGGCAGGGAAGCCACAAGCAGUAGUCUCAGCAGUGUUAGUUGAAAUAUCUUUACAAAGAUAUAUUUGCAGUCUAAGAAUAUAUUGGCUAAAAAAUACUCCAGACUCGAAUGAACAUGAGCCAAGAAUAUCCCUCAUGUACAGAUUAUGUACAGUAAUAAUUAUCCUUGGCAUUAGAAGCUUUCAUUAAGAAAGUAGAGGUUGUCAUUUCAAAAGUGUACUGGUACUGUUGUAAAUCCCUGUAAAGAAAAAUAAAUGUCUAAAACUC